AUGGUUUACAGCAAACCAUACCCCACAUCUGGAGCCAUGAAGAGGUCUGCUUCGGCUCUGGAGGGACCUCCAGGAUGGGACGUUGCUCCUCCAAUGAUGACCCACUCUCGCUCAUCCUUCCGUCCGCCUUAUGCUCACUACUCCAUGAUCUACGUGGACCAUGAUGGCAAGGUCAAGGUUGACGAGUCAGCCUCUAUUCAGGAGCAGAACACAACCAUCUUCACCCCGGAGGUUCGCCAAAGCUUCCUCGAAGUCUUGGGCGAGCGCAUCGGCUAUCACCCUGCUCGUCAUACAAUCGACACUUCCCCCCGCCGGGUAAGACGCCGCAAGGGCGCUGCGCCUGCUUUUGCUAGCUCAGACGACCGCUUGGCCGAGCAAGCUUCUGACAGCGAGGAUUUUUCUACUGCAUCCGAUGAAAUGGUUCCUCUCCGCAUCGGCGAUUCAGCCAGAGUGCAGCACUACUAUGAGAGUGCCCUCAAGCACUUCCAGCAGCUUAACUGUCGCAUGGUUGCGAAAGCCUUUAUUAAAUUCAUUGAGCCUCGGAAGCAGGUUCGACACCCUUACAACGGCGGCAAGCCCCCUCCAGGAUCUGCUCCCGGUACCACUGGUGACCCAGAAAAGACCAAGCCUGAGUGGUGGCCCCCAGGUGUCAUGCACAAGGAGCCUGACCACCUGCGCAAAGAGUUCCGCAUUGAGCUUUUGAUCCACAUCAUUCGCAAGUUGGGCUAUAUUCAAGUUACUGCCGAUAAGCUUAAGGAAGUCGCUGGCGACACCAAGCGUAGCUUGAAGCACCCAUCUCACGUCGAGAUCAUCUACGAGAUCCUCCGAGUUCGCAAGAUGGAAGAGCGCUUCGAGCGCGGCGAAGUCGAUUCAAACAUGGUUGUUUACACAAUGAACCGCGGGCCUAGCCCCAAGGGUGACGAGGAGGAUGACUCUGUUGACGCGCCCUCAAUUCACAUCGAGGAGCCCGACCACACCAGCCAAGGACUGAUGACCCCCAUGUCCUCUGUCGAGCAACAUGUUGCUGCUUCUCUCACCACACCAGUUGAGACCAUCCCCUCAGCACGCUCACUCUCAGGUGGCUACCCUAUGCCUGAGCCUCUUAAAUUUGAAACCACAUCGCGCCAGGACUGCCCCUACUAUGCCACCCCCCCUCAAUACACCGACUCCUUCUCCCAGCCUAUGCUGAGUACUCCUGUCACAGCAGAGAUGAUCAGCCCCCACGAUGUCUCUGUCUUUGACUACUCCUCUCAAAACUCCUUCACCUCAUCCUCUUCUGACCAACGCGGGGCGGGCCACUACGACCCCUGGACCAACCCAUCCUUCCGCUCAAACAUCUUCGGCUCUGUUGACUACGCACCUGCCACCAGCCAAGCCAUGUCACAGCCCACAAUGGGCUACCCUAUGCCCAUGGCUCCUGGCCUGCACGACAUGCACGCCCCCAUUGACCGAUCCCUACCAUACCGCACGGGAUCUCUCAGCCAACCUCACCCUCAUGGCAUGCCUCUAUCUCACCACGCUUAG